AUGGGCAGCAAGGGUAAGAGCAGGUUCAAUGCCUUGACUGCUGUGUCCGUGAUAGGAUCAGUGGUAACGGGGUUUCUUAUAAUUCGAAUGAUUUUCCCAAUCAUAUGGCAGUUCGUACCGUUCGUCUCAAGUCCUGUAACUGGUAACAGGUUCAGAAAUAUACCUGGAGUGGAAUAUUACGAUUUAAUUAAUUAUCAGGGGAAUGCCAAUGGAUGGCAGACCGGUGAUAGGGUGGUGUUCUGUGUUCCUUUGAGAGAUGCAGCCGCACAUUUGGAUAUGUUCUUCGAUACCUUGGAUAAAUUGACAUACCCACAUAACUUGAUUGAUCUUUCAUUUUUGGUCAGUGAUUCAAGCGAUGAUACCAUGAAAACACUUCUUUCUCAUUUGAGAAGAGCUCAAUCAAACCAAGACAAAUCGAGAAGAUUCGCUAACAUUGAAAUUUUUGAGAAAGAUUUCGGUCAAAGUGUGGGUCAAUCGUUUUCUGAUAGACACGGGUUUGCAGCUCAAGGCCCUAGAAGAAAAUCCAUGGCCAGAGCUAGAAAUUGGCUUGGGUCAGCGGCUUUGAAGCCGUAUCAUUCUUACGUGUACUGGAGAGAUGUCGACGUUCAAACUAUACCGAAUACUAUUUUGGAAGAUUUAAUGCAUCAUGAUAAAGACGUCAUUGUUCCAAACGUCUGGAGACCUCUACCCGAUUGGUUGGGAAAUAUACAACCAUAUGAUUUGAACUCAUGGGUUGAAUCUGAGGGUGGAUUACAAUUAGCUGAUUCUUUGGAUGAAGAUGCUUGUAUCGUAGAAGGGUACCCGGAAUACGCUACAUGGAGAACACAUUUGGCCUACAUGAGAGACCCAAGCGGCGAUCCCGAGGUCGAGAUGGAACUAGACGGAAUUGGUGGUGUUUCCAUCUUAUCUAAAGCUAAGGUCUUUAGAACAGGUUCUCAUUUCCCUGCGUUCUCUUUCGAGAAACAUGCUGAAACUGAAGCCUUUGGUAAAUUAUCACGUAGAAUGCAAUACAGUGUUGUCGGUCUACCUCAUUAUGUGAUCUGGCACAUUUACGAACCUUCAAGUGACGAUUUGAAACACAUGGCCUGGAUGGCCGAGGAAGAGAAACGUCGGGUUGAAGAGCAAAAAAUUCAAGAGUUCUAUGCUAGAAUUUGGGAUAUUGGUUUCGAUGACGUGAGAGAUGAGUGGGAGCUAGAAAGGUUACAAAUUUUGAAGAACAUUGAUCCGAAUGUCCUAGAUAGGAAGAUUCAAGUGGACUGGUCAGAUGAUGAUGAAGCAGAUGAUGGUUCAAGGAACGGAGGAAAUAAUCAAGAUUCACAUGAAGUACCACUGGACUUUGAUCCUGCUCAUUAA